CUUUUCUGGAUUGUUAUUUCGAUUAUUCAGGAAAAAGGAGAGAACGAGGCGUGCUCUAAUCUCUACUUUGUGUUAUAUCCUCACAAUGAGCUCAAAAUCUGCCAAUCGACGGAAACCCCGCAGGAUUGGAGGAGAUGACGAAGAUAGCGACAGUGGGGAGCAAGACUCUGGACCCGUGGUCAAGCGCCCGACAAACUUGAAAGCAAAACAGAAGUCGAAAUUGCGUCUCUCCUUCGGCCCAGGCGAGACGUCGAUGACGGAUCAUAGUGGUGAUGGCGAAAACGAAAGUGAGGUGGUGAUGCCGAAGCGGCAUGGCCUGGGCAGACGGGCACUGGAAAAGAGCGCCUUUCAGAGGUCUUUGGCACCUUCUGGGACUGGUAUUCCUCCUUAUUUGAGGGUGGGACCUGAACAAGAUCGGCCGAGCUAUAGUCAGGACUAUUUGAAGCAGUUGCGCGAGUCGACACCAUCAACCCCGAAGGCGACAAGCACUGAGGAGGAGAAGGAGAAGAUUAUCGAUGUUGCUGCCAAGUUCGGUGAAGUGAUAAAGGCAUCAGCGCCAACGGCUAUUCCCAGCGAAGCGGAGAUUAGUGAGAAGAAAGCUCGGAGAGCACGUCUCGCGAAAGAAAACGGGAGUCUCUCGACCACGGAGAAGGACUUUAUCUCUCUUAAUGUCGAUGGUGACGAUGACGAGUGGGAUUUGCAGGGCGGACGGGAACAACCUGAAGAUACCAGAUUAAUUCGCGAUGACGAGGAUUUUGCCGAGGGGUUCGACGAAUUUGUGGAAGACGGUCGCAUCUCUCUCGGGAGGAAGGCAGAGCGCGAACAGCAGAGACGGCAACGCGAAGAAAUGCGAGAACUCAUUGACGAUGCCGAGGCACUUUCUGGAGAGGAUGAUUCGGACCUCGAAGAAAAGGCAGCCUACGAAGCUAAGCAAACACGAGCUGCGAUGGGUCAAAGUCAUCGCGGCAGUACCGAUCGACCCAGAACUCCACCUAAGGUGACCUCCCUUCCACGUCUCGCUCAUUCCCUUGAGCGACUACGUAUGAACCUCGCAAUACUGGAGAAAUCCAAAGCCCGGAUGAUCGAUCGCAUGGAGGAAUUGCGAAAAGAAAAAGCAGACAUAGCUGUUCGCGAGGUGGAAAUCCAGGUUUUGAUCAAAGAGGCGGGAGAUACGUACGAAAAGCUCAAGCAGGAAGCAGAAGCAUCGUCCGGUGUCGAUGGAGCAAUAUUUGACGUCUUGUUGGCCCUCUCAAACAUGAGUUCGCCACCCUUUGUCUCUUGGUCCCAUCAGCCGUCGCGUAAGACCGAGCGUGCCGAAGAAGAAACUAGCCAGUGUCAUCGGAGUGUGAUUCCUUUCAUUGAGUCGCCUAUCGACGAGAAAUAUGGAGAUCCACCUCACCUUUAUCAUCACUCGGAUGCAACUGCAAUUGAACUAUUCUUCGACCUAUUCUUCGUCGCCAAUCUCUCAACGUUUACGGCUACGCAUGAGAUCAACAACGUUGAAGCGCUGGGAGCAUAUGUGGGUUUCCUUGGGGUGGUCUGGUUCACCUGGCUUCAAGUGACCUUGUUUGAUAUUCGAUUCGCUCGCGACUCCAUCUUUGAGCGGAUCUGCAAGGCUAUCCAAUUGGCGGUGAUGGUGGGAUUUGCAUCGGCCGGAACUCGAUUUACCACCCGGGUGCGAGAAGAGAAUGUUUGGGCUUUUCAAUCUUUGAGCCUGAUUCUCGGCGUGAGUCGGCUUUUGCUUUCUAUACAAUACACUGUCAACGCCGUGUUUCUAAGCAAACGCAUGAGGUCUGCGGCUAAGAGGGUCUAUUUCAUUGUCGCAACGUUAUUUAUCACGGGAUUCAUAUACUUAUGGAUGUACUUCGCUUUCCGCAGUCCAGGCGUGAGCGGUACCUAUGCAUGGAUUGUCUGGUUUGUGCUCUUCGUCAUCGAGAUGUGGGUAGUCAUGGGGGCGUCUUCCGCGAGAGCCGGGAUCGGUCUUCAAGACACUCAUUUGAAUGUAAGGAUGGGGCUGCUGACCCUGAUCAUCCUUGGCGAGGGCGUCAUCGCUAUUACUAGGAUUGUCAACAAGACAGUCGGGCCGGGAGGAUGGACUAAGUGGUCGUUUGCUCAUAUCCUGGGGGUCACGACUAGUGUGUAUUUCCUGUGGCAAGUGUACUUCGAUCUCUCCCCACAGCGCCCCAUGGGUAAAUUCGCUCAGCAGAUCUGGGGUCAGCUUCAUUUCCCGUUUCAUGUUGUGCUUAUCCUCUUGCUCGAAGGCUCCCAGAUCCUUGCUUUGACUCUUGACAUCACGCUUAAACUUAAGUACUUGACUGAGACGAUCCUGUGGACCUGCGAAGAGCCAAGACCUAGGGCGGAAGAGGCCAUUCGUCUGCUGCAGACAACCAUUGCCGAUAUGGAGAUCAACUAUGGCCGGGGUGCAGUGAACGAGCAGAUCUCAAUUUCUCGAAUCUUGGAUGAUCUUUCCUACCAGCCGCUAUGCCCUUCGGAUGGACCUGAUGAAUUCCCUGUCACUAGUGACCUUCUUAGCAACCUGGUCGGAAAUGUCACUGCGGCUUUAUUCUCCAGUAUGGGGAUCAUGCCCUCUAAAAAUGCCCAUAUCGGCUCAAUGGGCAGUGACCGGUUACUGAGGAUGUACAUGGAGCUCCUAAGUUUUGUUUAUGUUUAUUAUUUUGUGGUUGCGACGCUCGCGAUGUUCCUCUUCGCCGCGUUCGUCUUAUUAACACGUCGCCAUGCCCGUGGUGUCUGCGCCGCUAUCAGUGUGGCAGUUCGUGUCUGUUUUGGCAUAUUUCUAGCCGGUUCGAUCAGCUUUUCGCGGCACUUUUCACUGGUCUAUUCUUUCAUGACAUCUCCGGCUAUUCUUUAUGCAUUCACGCUGAUUCUGCUGACCGUGCUUCUCGUCGACCGAUUUCUGGACCGUCAUGGACAGCGCAUCAAUCCGAAGUGGGGAUGGAAGCACUCAUUCGGAGCUCUUUGGUAGAAGUUUUCAUCAUGGUUCCAUGAAGAGGGUUUUUGGGACCAUCAUUUCUACAUUAUCCAUAAAGACGGCAGUGACAAAUACAUUCCAACCCCGGCUGUCGCC